UGGCCUCUUGAUCAUCGCCGAUCCGGGUAUAUCUAGUCCAGACUUGACUGUGUAGUCUAGACUGAUCAGUGAUUAACGGCCAUGCGCGUGCAAUUGAUGUUGUCUUCGGAUAUGAUCGCAUUAUGUCCGCUGGUCCAGACCCCCAACACAGUUUAGACACUUCGCGACUUCGAGUCAAGCAGUAAAUUGUUAGCGGACUGAUCCAGACCCCCAAGAGCAGUUUCCGCAGUCAUCUGUUUUGUCUUCUUUUUGAAGAUGGUGCCAACAAAGGAACAUUCGUGGGUGGUUUUGUGGUCACAUGUGGACGUUCGAUUGCAAGCGGAAAGCGGUGUCACGCUCCGAGCUUUUAUACCUCCGCUAGACUGCUGGCUGACAGUAAGAUUUACUACCACACACCCACGUCGCUCACAUCCAACUAAUCGAUUUUUUUCUCUGUAUCCCGUACUAAAUGACCUCUCCACCACAUCCUCAUCCGCCUCAAAAAGUUGCUUGCAACGAACCAGAAAACGAUGAUCCAUCUUCGCCACCUCCGUCACCCACUAAACGAUCUUUUGCCUUUACCGACGAGGCGGAUCAUACACCAAACUCUCUUGGUUAUUUCAAACGUCGUCACGUACACAGUGAUGGAGAAGCAGCCAAACGAGCACCGCUUGGUAAGUUUAGCGCCUACCACAGCUCUGAUGCUAUUGCGCUGGAACACACUGUAAACCCAGAUCCCUUGUCAGCUUCAGAGAUUGACAACAAACCGCGCAGCGAUCCAAGAUGGUCAGAAACAUCAUUACACUCCCUUGCCACUGCCCCUGAACCGCGAUCGUGUGAUGCAAACUACAGCAUCCCAAAUGACGGAGCUGAGGAUGAAGUCAUUUGCUCGUGGCCCCCUGCCGUCCAGAGUGGCAGAGCUGACAGUACAGCUGGAGGUAGUCGCAGAGAACGGCCGCAACUUAUCCGUGGCGCAAGGUAUAGCUCCGAUGCACGGGAAUCGAUUCGCGCCUCAGCAGCUGGAUCCGUAUCAGCGUGGCCGCCACCGUUGGGGAGUCGGUCCGACCUUUCCUCACCAGAGCGCAGGGCGUCGUCUCGCGAGUGGAAUGUGGACAAGGUGACGCAGCCCAUAAAAUCGCGUACCUCAUCCAUGCCAUACGUCCGGCGUCCUCCUCGGGAACUUUGGAAGCCCGAAUCCUCAUCUAACGAACCUGUGCGGACGGUUUACGGCCUCAUGGACAACCGUGAUUCAAUAUUGGAUUCUUCUCCGCCACCUGGACUUACAAGACGCAGGGGAUCCGUGCCCGAUAUAACUGGAGGCGGUGCUCGGUCAUUAUCACCGACGCCAGGCAGUAAACCACCGCGUGCCGAUGAAUCCAAGUACUCGCGACCCAUAGGUGCCGAACAAAGUAGAGUGGUGUCAAUGACACCGCGACGAUCUAGGUCGUUGCCUCCUGCAAGCUUACAGUCGUCUAAACCAAGCGAUGCAGAUAAUAGUACCCGAAGACACCAUUUCCAGCUAGAUUCCAUUGCUACAUGGCAUGGUACUUACCUUCCGGGAGAUCCACUUACUUGUGGCGUGUUGAAAGAAUCUCCAUCUGAUUUACCAAUCACUAGGGAUGAAUUCUUUCGUCUUGUACGACAAGCUCAUUACAAUAAACAUACUUCGAAGAUUUUUUCUCCUCUCAGCCCCCUCCAAAAUCCACAGCCCGACUCCUCCCUGACUACCAAUGAAACAUAUCGGUACUUCAGUCCAUCCAAUAUGCCCAAUGUGCGAUCAGCGCGAUACCACAAGAAAAAGAAAGGACAAGACGAGCGAGACAGAAAUCUCUGCGAUCCUCUCCAGCCACUUGUAAUAACAGCGGAGUGUACGCACUGCCAGGAAUGCAUACGCGACACGUUAGGCAAACGACUGCUAGCCAGGGAUUAUCGACGCAGGUGCCAGGCUGCCAUCAUGUUGAGGACCACCCCCCUCAUGCACCAGCCUUUAAUCUCGUCCUCCUACAAUAUAGAUGAAGAUGAGAAAAGUCUUUGGAAAGAGGUGACAGCCGCCACUUCCACCGAGCCCUUACCAGGUAGUCCUCGCUGGCGGGACAGGAAUGACUCUGAUGAUGACGACUACCCGGAGAUACCAGAUGAGAAUCUGCAUUCGGACGAAGAAGAUGCGAAGCUUGGGGGUGGAGGAACGUCUGGGAACGUCUGCUGAAGGUUGAUAGCAUGCAAUGUAUCAAUAGAAAGUUUUCAUGAACACUGCUAAUCUAGUGCUACUUGGAUAAGCGUUUGCAUCAUACUGCUCGUACACGAG